AGAUGGGUUUUUAUUUAAUUUAAUUACCCAGAAGUUUUUUUUUACUUUUAUUAAAAAAAUUUAUAAUUUUGGAUUUUUAGGUGAUAAAUUAUAUUGAAGACAUAGAAUUAUAGUACUGUUCAGGCUCUUUGAAGGAAGGUGGUAUUUGACUUUUGAUUUUAAAAAGUCUUCAUUUUUUGAUGGCAUGAUGUGUUUUAUCAAGAUCUGCUUGUAUAUAUAGGGGUUAUUUGAGUUUAUGGAGUUAUCUUGUUUAUAAAGGUGUGUUCUUGAUGAAAUUGAAAACCGAAUAGAAUUCGUAGUAGGAUAGUUGUAUUUAGAGGGUAAAAAGAUGAAUGAUGAGGCUAAUUCUUGGAUCAGAAGAACAAAAUUUUCGCAUACGGUUUGUCACAGAUUGGAUUCUGCAAGAUUAGCCUCAUUUUUAACAGAUGUUGAACCAAUUCGACUUUCGGGUAUAAAAACUAGGCCUACAAAAGCUAUUGUAGAGCCUAAAACCGACAUUGGUAGUCCUAGAAUCCAAGCAAAUCCUGUUACAAAUAAGUAUAGAACGGUAACCCCACCGCCCAAAACCACCGUUCCUGACACCUUUAAGGAAGCAAGGUCUAACACAAAACGAUUCUCGACUCCACAUCCGCAAAGGGUAGAAACAGAGAAAGGGUAUAAAGGGAAAAAGAUGUUUCAAAGAAAUAUGACGGCUGUUGAUAUGAGGUCUCCCCCUAAUGGUAAUAGUCCUCUUAAACACUUUAAUUCGAUGAAGAUUACUGAUAAGAAGAAGAUGAAAAGGGAUUAUUCGUGGUCAAAGUUGUUUGAUCAUGGUGGAGGGAAAGUUAUUUCGAUUGAAACGAUUGAUGAUCACAUGGUUGAUCGUUCGCAGCUUUUUCUCGGCCAUAGAUUUGCUCAUGGUGCUAAUAGUCAACUUUACCAUGGAAUUUACAAGGGUGAAGCUGUCGCUGUAAAGAUAAUUAGGGUUCCAGAUGAUGACGAUAAUGAAGAACUAGGAGUUCGACUCGAAAAUCAGUUUGCAAGAGAAGUUAAUCUUUUGUGUCGUCUCCACCAUCAAAAUGUGAUUAAGUUUGUUGCGGCUUGGAGACAACCAUCGGUUUUCUGUAUUAUUACUGAGUACCUUUCUGAAGGUUCAUUGAGGGCAUACUUGCAUAAACUUGAGGAUAAUACUGGAAAAGAGAAAGAAUAUCUCCCAUUAGAGACACUUAUUAAGAUGUCUUUAGAUAUUGCUCGUGGAAUGGAAUACAUUCAUUCGCAAGGCGUUAUUCAUAGGGACCUCAAGCCUGAAAAUAUUCUAUUAAACAAAGAUUUCCAACUCAAAAUCGCUGAUUUUGGGAUUGGCUGCGAAGAGGCGUAUUGUGAUUUCUUGGCAGACGAUCCCGGAACGUACCGUUGGAUGGCACCUGAGAUGAUUAAACGAAAAUCAUAUGGUCGGAAGGUUGACGUAUAUGGAUUUGGGCUGAUUCUAUGGGAGAUGGUGGCUGGGACUAUUCCGUACAAAGAUAUGACCCCUAUUCAAGCUGCAUUUGCUGUAGUUCAUAAGAAUCUAAGACCACCUAUUCCGGCUAACUGUCCACCGGCAAUGAGAGCAUUAAUAGAGCAAUGUUGGUCUACGUAUCCUGAAAAAAGGCCGGAAUUCUGGCAAGUCGUGAAGGUAUUAGAAGAAUUUGAAAGUUCAGUUGCUCGUGAUGGAAACUUGAACCUAUUACAACACCCGGCUUCGUUAGAUAAUAAAAAGGGGCUUCGCCAUUGGAUUCAGAAACUCGGGCCUCAUCAUCAUCAACAUCAACAUUCACAUCAACACAACUAUCCCAUGCCGAAACCAAGGUUUUCAUAAAAGUUCCCGAGCUUUAUUGUAAUUACAGAAACGAUUGUUCUUCACUUUUUGUCCUUUUCUUAUGUGAAUGAUUAGCUAGCUUUUACAUAUACAUUGUUGUUAAAGAUUGUUUUCUAAAUACAUCACAGAAAACCCAACACAUAUCGGUCGUAUUUUACCUGUGAAUAUGAUUUUGAGUUUGGAUC